GCGAUGUGAAGGUAAAAGGUCAGCCUGUGUAACGUGUCAAACUGCUGUCACCACACCGGUGUAUCACUUCACUGUCCGGCCGCCUUCUGUUGCACACACAUCGGUACUGUUACCCUAGCUGACCUCAACGUUAUCUCAGCAAAAUGGCAAAAAAGCGAAGAGAAAGACGAGAGGACGACGGUUUGUCCUCGGCACAGGAGGAGGUGAAGGCUAGUGACUCACAAGUACUGAAAGAGGCUCAGCAUACUGAAGGGGGCUCAGCACGCAUGUCUGUCCUGAUUCUGGUGUCUAUCUUCACCUGCUCUGCCUCAGUCAUGUACCUGGUCUACAGGAACUUCCCAGAGCUUCCCAAUGAUGAAAUGGAGAAGAUCAAGAUCCCUAAAGACAUGGAUGAUGCCAAAGCUUUGGGAACUGUGCUGUCCAAAUACAAAGACACAUACUACUCCCAAGUGUUGGUGGCCUACUUUGCAACAUAUAUUUUCCUCCAGACAUUUGCCAUCCCUGGAUCUAUCUUCCUUAGCAUCCUUUCUGGAUAUCUUUACCCUUUCCCCUUGGCUCUUUUCUUAGUCUGCUUGUGCUCUGGCCUUGGUGCUUCCUUUUGCUAUAUGCUAUCAUAUCUGGUGGGCAGACCGAUGGUCUACAAAUAUCUCACAGAGAGAGCACAGAAGUGGUCCCAGCAGGUUGACAAACAUAGAGAUCAUCUAAUCAAUUACAUCAUCUUCCUGAGGAUAACCCCCUUUCUUCCCAACUGGUUCAUCAACAUCACCUCACCUGUCAUCGAUGUGCCUUUGGGGGUUUUCUUCAUCGGUACCUUUCUUGGAGUGGCGCCUCCGUCCUUUGUAGCUAUCAACGCGGGUACAACACUGUACAAACUGACCACAGCUGGUGAGGCCGUGUCCUGGAACUCUCUGGCUGUGCUCGGUGUACUCGCCGUGCUCUCCAUCUUGCCCGUCUGCUUCCAGAAAAAGCUGCAGAAGAAACUAGAGUAGAACAUUAAACACCUCAGCACCUCAUCUGCUGGCUGAUCCCGGCAUCCCCUUCCCCCUCGGCUCAGGAACGUGCAGCUGUCACUCAAGUUGCUCUGCCUCAGUCUCAUACACAGCUGCUGGUGGGCGAAUAUCUGACCACUGGCACAACAAGCUCAUCACUUUUUGACCACAAAAUGCAUGCAGUGGUGGGAGGGCCGUAGUAAGUGUAAACUAGCCGCCUCUUACAAAAGUUUUUUUGGUUUCUGUGAAUUCUGUUGUUGAUUGUGGCACGUGUAAAUAAGAGAAUUUUUUUUUUUUUAUUUAAGGCACUUCUCAUUAUUUAAAGGUGCUACUGUAGGAUGUUGAAGUAAAACUCAUCAUUCUAAAAGUGUUUCUCCUUCUUGCUAGAAACUGGUAAAAACAAUGUCAUCAGUAACCUACCUUGUUGAGGCUGUUUUUUUUUUUUUUUGCUGACUUACCAUUACACUUGCUUUGGCAGUAGCAUAUCAUUUUCUACAUCUUGUUUGUAGCACCUUUAACUUCCAAUCCUUUUUAAAUAUUUAUUUGAACAUGCUUGUGUCUAAUUUCAACCUAAUGAAUGGAACCACCACAGCAAUAAAUGUCACUGUAAGUUUUGAUACCUGGUGCUUGCCUUGGCAAACAUAUGCAGUGUGAGGAAAGAAUGAAACUGUGAUGACUGAUCUUAGUAAGUGCUACUUUCGUUGACAUAUGGGUGAGUUCCCAUGUUCUUCCUUGAAAGGUGCCUGGAACCACUGCCACACACAUUUCACCCAAUUCUGUUCAUAUUAGUAGACACUUUAACUUGUAAAGAAUGGACUAAGCUGAUGUUAUAUUUCCUCAGAGGACAAAACUCCAAGCAUUUCCAAAUUUGUAUUUGUAAUUAGGAAGUGAACAUAGAUUAUGUCAACACAACGAAUUUAUGUGUGGUAAGAUGUACGCAACACAGAAAAGUUAGUGAAAAGCCAAGCCAAAAUCCAAGAGAUGGAUUCUCAAGUUUUGCUAUAGGUGAUGAUAAUGCACGUCUAGUUGUGUCAUUCUCAACCCCAGGACAUUGUUUGCUCUGCCAGUAUAGAAAUGGUGAUGCCCAUAUAAUGGAUGAUACACCUGUGCCCUCAAUAAGACUGCCAACGGACUGAGCUAUCCAAGCCUUACCUUGCUUUUUACUGCUUCCAUUUUUCACCAGAAGAAAUGUAUUAUGAUGCCUGAUUUAUGUUUUUAGUGCUCACUGAAUUUUUCAUUUAGAUGUUUUUUUUUAUUAUUAUUUCUGUCCUGUGUACCAAGGUAACUUAUUGCUGCUGUUUAAAACUUUCUGGACAGUUACUAGAUAUGUUGAUGCAGUUAAUGUACAUGCAGGUAACUUAUUUGACACACUUUUCUUUAAUCUCUUAAAAUAUCACAUAAAUUGAGGCAGUUGAUUUGGUGCAUUUUGAGAUUUCCUGUUUUUACUUAAAUGUCUUAUUAUAGUAGUAACAUUUACUAUUGUAAGAUUAAUAACCUUUCAAACCCAAAUUUGAAACGCCUACAUUAGCAUCAAUUUCCACGCCACUACUGUCAAAGACAGUUGUUUUUAUGGUUCUUACUGGUUUAUGAGAGAGCUGCAUUUGUGCAAAUGACUAAUCCCUAAGGUGGUUAAAUCAAGUGGUAAAUGCUAUAAAUUGCUCCUAAAAAUCUUUAUUUGCUACAAUAUUUAAAGCUAUUCUAAACUUCAUGCUACACAUAUACUCAAAUUGGAUAUAUUAUUGCUAUUUCUUUGUCCUAUAACCCUAUCAAAGAUGUGAGUUUGAUGUUUCUUGUGUAAUCUUCUGUUAACAUUUCAAAAAGCAGUAUUAUUUUGUACUGAGCAGUGAUGUAUUGCAGUAUGAAGUGUUUACAGAUUACACAUUUCUGUCUUAUCUAAUUAAAUUUGUUUUUCUUUUAAUAUUUAUUAAAUCAUUACAUUUAUCUUUA